AUGGUAUGUACCGAUGAACAACAGUGUGUCAAAGAAUUUAGUUACAUCAAUGGAACAAGUGAAUCGCAUGUGUUCCCUACUUUGAAUAACUGUCGCUUAUUGUGUGGGAAAUUUGGCCCUUUGUGGCCUCAUCCCACCGGCCGUGUGCAUCUUGGUAAAAAGACAACCGCCAUCAACCCUACCACUAUUAAAUUCGAGCAAUAUACGAAUAAUCAGACUGCAGAAGCGAUUAAAUUCUUGGAGGAAGUAGAAAAUUAUUUUUUACUCAAUUUACGCCGAGAUUAUCGUAUUCAAAUGUUAUAUUCCGACUCAACGCCAAUGUCAUUAAUUGUAAAAAUGCACGCUAGUAGUUACAGCAAAACAAAUAUCGAAUGGUCCACGGAUGAAAGCUACAAGUUGAAAGUUUCCAUCGAAAACAUUACUAAUGUUGUUGCAGUCAUAGAAGCAGCGACAGUUUUUGGAGUGCGACACGGCUGUGAAACACUUUUACAGCUGUUUACAGUUGUCAACGAAGCUAACUUCACAAGUUCUCUUCAAAUGUUAUCGGAUGCAGUUAUUACAGACCAACCAGCGUAUGCGCAUCGCGGUUUGUUGAUUGAUACAGCAAGAAAUUAUAUACCGAUCAAUUGUUUGAAAAGACAACUCGAUGCCAUGGCUGCUAGUAAAAUGAACGUGUUACAUUGGCAUGUGACCGACACUCAAAGUUUCCCCAUACAGCUGAAUCGAGUUCCAGAAAUGGUAUCAUAUGGGGCAUAUGAUAGCAAUCAAAUAUACACUUCGAGCGAUGUGAGAAAAUUAAUCCGAUAUGCAAAGUAUCGCGGCAUUCGUGUUAUUUUGGAGUUAGAUGCUCCAGCGCACGCUGGUAAUGGGUGGCAAUGGGGUCCUGAAAAAGGCCUUGGAAAUCUGGCUGUUUGUAUUAAUCAAAAACCGUGGCGAAAAUUUUGUAUCGAACCUCCAUGUGGCCAAUUGAAUCCUGUAAAUCCAAACUUGUAUGCUGUCUUGCAAGAUAUUUAUUAUGAUUUGGCUUUUAUCAACAAGGAUGAACAGAUUUUACACAUGGGAGGAGACGAGGUAUUCUUCGGAUGCUGGAAUGCUACAGAUGAAAUUGUCAGCUACUUAGUUGAUCAUGGAAUGGGUCGAAACGAAACGGAUUUCCUAAUGCUGUGGAAUGAAUUUCAGAAUAAUGCAUUACGUCUAUGGGACAACGCACUGUAUCUUGUUAAUACAAACAGGAGUAGCACAACAACGAGCGGUAAAAGUAAACGUACAUCCCCAGUUAUUUUGUGGUCGAGCCAUUUGACGGAUCCUUCAGUUAUUGUCCAAUUUUUGUCCAGCGAUCGUUAUGUUAUACAAACAUGGGUGCCUUCAACGAACAAUAUGCCGCAACAACUGCAAAAGUUAGGUUAUAAGCUUAUAAUUUCAACCAAAGAUGCUUGGUACCUUGACCACGGUUUUUGGGGUGUAACCACAUACUACAACUGGAAGAAAGUGUAUGAAAAUCAACUGCCCAAAGGAAACGGUAUUUUAGGAGGAGAAGUUUGUGUAUGGACCGAAUAUAUUGAUGCGCAUUCACUUGACGGACGAACUUGGCCACGAGCAGCGGCAGCGGCUGAACGACUUUGGUCAAAUCCAAGUACUAAGGCAUUAGAGGCAGAAUCACGCUUUUUUCGCCAUCGCGAACGUCUCAUUAGCCGUGGUACACAACCAGAAGCUAUAGCACCACAAUGGUGCCAACAAAACGAAGGCCAAUGUCAUUAA